CAUUUUCUUUGUGUGUGUGUGUGUGUGUGAGUGUGUGUGUGCGCGUGUGUGUGCGCGUGUGUGUUUUUCAUUUGUUUUUUUGUGUUAGCGUUUUAGUACAGUUAGUAUAGUUCAUAUUGUUAGUAUAGUUCAUAAGCAUAGUAUUGUUAGUAUUGGCAAAUUUUGUAGGUUGGUAUUGUUGGUUAGCAUAGUCCGUGUAAUUAGAAUUAUUUAGCGUUAGUAUAGUUAGUAGGUCACCAUCCUUCAGGGGCGUAAGGCCAUUACCGCUGGUGAGGAGGACGUCUGAUCCCCGAGACCACCAGUGAGGGCAGCGUCCCCACGAUGAAGCUGACCCAGUACAUCCUAACCGGGAAGCAGUCUGAUGUGAAGUUCAUCAGGAAAACCCAGGAGGACCCCGCUGGCCUCCAGGGACUUUGUCGUGAAGCCCAGAAUAUGAAGACCUCAAGUCACCCAAAUAUUGUCAAGUCACUCGAGGUGAUCAACAGGAAGAAAUCGUUAGUCCUCCUUUCAAAAUAUGUAAGCAGAGACAAGCUGUGUGACGAUUUUACGCACCAUGGCCAAGUGACGGAGGAGGUUCCAGACAAAUUCUGCCAGCUGUUAUCGGUUGUGGAGUACUGCCACCAACAAGGUAUGAUCGGCGGGGAUCAGAAGCUGGAGACACUGCUUUUUGACAAGAAGCUGAAGGUAAAACACACGGGGGUUGGACUGAGCAUCCGGUUUGCUGGCUACAAACUCCACACUUUCUGGGACAGCCCCCCUUAUUCUGCCCCGCGACUCUUCCUGCAGCAAAGGGAGCACACCCCUUCCGCAAACACUUGGAGCCUGGGGGUGGUUUGGUACUGCUUGGCCACCGGGUUUGAGCCGUUUGAGGGGGAAGUCUUCUGGGAAGCGGAACGAAAUAUGGAAAACAGGGAACACAGUGCUUGGAUUUUCAUGUCCCUGGGGAGUGAAAACCUGUGGUACACGUUGACAACCAUCCAGCCCAAGAUCAGCACACCAACCACAGUCCGCUCCUGGAGCUCCAUCGCAACCUGUUCCAGCACAGGCCUGUCCUCAGAGCAGAGUAGUCUGACCUCCGAAGGGACCAGCAUAGGGACCACGAUCAGCGGGCCCAGAUGCAACUCACCAGCCACAAACUCCGACACCAGCAGUGAAUACAGGCAGCCAGGGAGGAUGUCCCUAGAGCCAAAAAAUCGGGUUCUCAAAACUCUUGGUAAAUUCAAAAAUUUAUUCAAAAAACACAAUAAAAUAGAACCCCAAAAAAAAUGCAAAUAAAUGAGAGCCAUAAGAGAGCCACGUGUCCGUGCCUUUAUUUUAUUUUGUUUUUUAACUUUAAAGGGACUUAAAUGUUUGUUUUGAAACAGAAGGGACAGUGCGAGUGGGGGAGGGACAGAGAGAGAAUCCCAAGUCUACUCUGUGCUAUCAGCUCGGAGCCCGACGCGGGGCUCCAGCUCACAAAACAGAUGGUGGGGACCAAGAGUGGGACGCUUGAGCCACUGAGGCCCACCCAGGAGCCCCGUCCCUGCGUUUUAAGUGCAGGGAACGAUGCUGAGCUCCAGGAAGCCCGGGGACAUGGCACAGGAGAUUGGCCAGGGCGACGGGUGGGACCAGAUCAGCUUCACAGGCUGGAGGAGUGUCGGCGGGAUAGUGACCUGCUGGAUUUGGAGUUGUAGGAAGCACAAGGUGGAGGUGGUGAAGUGUUGGAGUGAUGGGGGUUUCGUGGGUCUGGAGCCGAUGGCCAAGGAAGAAUUCGUGAAGAAGUCUUUGGUGCAAAAAGGUGAUUUUAUUAAAGCACGGGGACAGGUCCCACGGGCAGGGAGUGCAGCACUGGCAUCAUGACGGUUUAGGGAGACAGCCAGAAUUCCUUGGAGACUUACUCUAGGACUCAAGGUUCCAGGACCUUGAGGGGCUAGCUGUGGCCAGGAAAAUGCCAUUUCUUGCUGUUUAAUGAAACCUCAGCCAUGAGACCCUUUAGAUGGAUCUGGGCAGGCCAAAAGCGUGGAGGAUGAUUGCCAGCAUAUAUGUUGCGGGGGUUGAGAUGAAGUAGAUUUGUCAUUAUUUGUCAUAGUGGUGUGUGGGCAGCGGGGGACCCAGGGGUGGGUCACAAUGGCGUGUGGGCAGCGGGAGCCCGGGGGGUGGGUCACAAUGGCGUGUGGGCAGUGGGAGCCCCGGGUCCCCUUCCAGGGACUGCCCACCUGGUGGGGAAGGAAUGAGCUGGGUGGAAACUCUCUGGAUAUCACCCUCUCUUUCCUGUGCACCCACUGGGGACCAGACCUCAGCCGGUGGAUGUCCCAGCUCUCCCUACAGAUUUCACUGAUCCUAGGAAAGACGUCAAACUCAUAAGCACGGUGUGGAACUGGAUUACCACUCCCCCACAUUCGGUGCCCUGUAUCGAAGUGCCCUGCUCGGUUGGAGGAUUAUACAGCACGACCCAUGUUGUCCUCAGGCAUGGCAGAGGGGCUGCUGAACAGUGAAAACAGAUGUGAGCACACACGUGAAGAACCAGGGAAAGACGUCAAACUCAUAAGCACGGUGUGGAACUGGAUUACCACUCCCCCACAUUCGGUGCCCUGUAUCGAAGUGCCCUGCUCGGUUGGAGGAUUAUACAGCAUGGCCCAUGGUGUCCUCAGGCAUGGCAGAGGGGCUGCUGAACAGUGAAAACAGAUGUGAGCACACGCGUGAAGAACCAGCAUGGCAGAGGGGCUGCUGAACAGUGAAAACAGAUGUGAGCACACGCGUGAAGAACCAGGGGGCGUAAGGCCAUUACCGCUGGUGAGGAGGACGUCUGAUCCCCGAGACCACCAGUGAGGGCAGCGUCCCCACGAUGAAGCUGACCCAGUACAUCCUAACUGGGAAGCAGUCUGAUGUGAAGUUCAUCAGGAAAACCCAGGAGGACCCCGCUGGCCUCCAGGGACUUUGUCGUGAAGCCCAGAAUAUGAAGACCUCAAGUCACCCAAAUAUUGUCAAGUCACUCGAGGUGAUCAACAGGAAGAAAUCGUUAGUCCUCCUUUCAAAAUAUGUAAGCAGAGACAAGCUGUGUGACGAUUUUACGCACCAUGGCCAAGUGACGGAGGAGGUUCCAGACAAAUUCUGCCAGCUGUUAUCGGUUGUGGAGUACUGCCACCAACAAGGUAUGAUCGGCGGGGAUCAGAAGCUGGAGACACUGCUUUUUGACAAGAAGCUGAAGGUAAAACACACGGGGGUUGGACUGAGCAUCCGGUUUGCUGGCUACAAACUCCACACUUUCUGGGACAGCCCCCCUUAUUCUGCCCCGCGACUCUUCCUGCAGCAAAGGGAGCACACCCCUUCCGCAAACACUUGGAGCCUGGGGGUGGUUUGGUACUGCUUGGCCACCGGGUUUGAGCCGUUUGAGGGGGAAGUCUUCUGGGAAGCAGAACGAAAUAUGGAAAACAGGGAACACAGUGCUUGGAUUUUCAUGUCCCUGGGGAGUGAAAACCUGUGGUACACGUUGACAACCAUCCAGCCCAAGAUCAGCACACCAACCACAGUCCGCUCCUGGAGCUCCAUCGCAACCUGUUCCAGCACAGGCCUGUCCUCAGAGCAGAGUAGUCUGACCUCCGAAGGGACCAGCAUAGGGACCACGAUCAGCGGGCCCAGAUGCAACUCACCAGCCACAAACUCCGACACCAGCAGUGAAUACAGGCAGCCAGGGAGGAUGUCCCUAGAGCCAAAAAAUCGGGUUCUCAAAACUCUUGGUAAAUUCAAAAAUUUAUUCAAAAAACACAAUAAAAUAGAACCCCAAAAAAAAUGCAAAUAAAUGAGAGCCAUAAGAGA